AUUGCGAAUGAAAUUCAGUAUAAUAUGCCCUGCGAAUGCCAUUGGGCAUUACACUUGGUAUGUCACGCUUGAAACUGAGGUACCCUAUUUCACUUUCAGGUCGUGUAGCCAUAUCCACCGCUGUCUCUCACCGUUUUCCAUAUCCUGAAACCGCAGCUCCCAAACCCAAACACCCACAGCACUUGCUCUCUCUUCUUCUCAAAGACCCUUCUCAACGCCAGCUUCUCCAACAAGUCCACUCUCACAUUAUCACUUCUGGCCUCUUUCAUUACCCUUUUAACAACACCCCCACUUGUUUACUCCUCUUCAACAACGUGAUCCGGUGUUACUCCCUUGGGCCUUACCCACACGAAGCUCUUCACUUCUUCAGAUACACCCAACACUGCCACACUUUCUUCACGUACCCUUCCCUUGACACCUUCUCUUUUGCCUUCCUCUGCCACGCUUCUGCCCACUCAAACUGCACCCACUUUGGGAUUCAGCUCCACGCCCUCGUUUUCAAGGUGGGUUUUCAGUUUCAUGUCUACGUGCAAACUGGGUUGUUGCAAAUGUACUUAAGUUCCGGUCUUUCAGUUGAAGCAGCACAGGUGUUCUACGAAACGUCGCACAGAAACUUGGUUACUUGGAAUGUUUUUAUUGCUGGUUUGAUUAAAUGGGGUGAGGUUGAACUUGCUUGCUCUGUGUUUAAUCAGAUGCCUGCUCGGAGUGUAGUGUCCUGGACUCUUGUUAUUGAUGGAUACACACGUAUGAAUCAGCCUAUGAAAGCUUUAACUUUGUUUAGGGAAAUGAUCGAAGUUGAUGAUAUAGAACCUACUCAAGUUACUCUUUUGACUAUUUUUCCUACUAUUGCAAAUAUUGGGUGUAUUAAGAUAUGUCAAUCAGUUCAUGGUUAUGCAGAGAAGAGAGGCUUUAAUGCCUUUGAUAUACGCAUUACAAAUGCAUUAAUUGAUUUGUAUGCAAAGUGUGGAUGCAUAUCGAGUGUGAGUAAAUUCUUCAAGGAGAUACCUGAUCAGAGGAAGAAUUUGGUAUCAUGGACUUCAGCUAUCUCUGCUUUUGCAAUGAAUGGGAUGGGGAGGGAAGCUCUAGAGAGUUUUGAAAGCAUGGAGAAGGCUGGGCUGAGGCCAAACCGUGUGACAUUCCUUAGCGUUUUGAGUGCCUGUAGUCAUGGAGGAUUGGUUGAGGAGGGGCUCAAUUUUUUUGUUAAAAUGGUAAAGGAUUGUCAACUUGUGCCAGAUAUCAAGCACUAUAGUUGUGUGAUAGAUAUGCUGGGCAGGGCCGGGAGGUUAGAAGAAGCUGAAAAGGUUGCUUUAAAGGUACCUCGUGAGGUUGCCAAUGCUGUGAUGUGGAGGACGCUGCUGGGUUCUUGUAGUGUUCAUAAUAAUGUUGAAAUCGGUCAGAGGGUGACCAGGAAAAUACUGGAGAUGGAGAGAGGACAUGGUGGGGAUUAUGUUCUUAUGUCCAAUAUUCUUGUUGGUGUUGGGAGAUUUAAGGAUGCGGAGAGGUUAAGGGAAAUGAUAGAUAAGAGAAUUGCUUUUAAACUUCCUGGCUACAGUUUAGUAUAAAUGAUAUAUAAGUGAUACAUCUGAACUGAAACAGAUAGAUUGUUGUUCUGCCUUUCUUGCUUCGGAGGAGGUGGUAUUGAACUCAUGAGCAUGGUAGAAGAGCUUUGUCCAUAGAUAGGUCCCCCACUUAACACUAGGCCAAAGGCCCUAUUGGCAUGUCAUUGCCCUUUGCUUCAGACAUUCUAAAUUAGCUCAAGUUGUCGAAUUGUCGUAAAAUUUGCUGCAGUUUACUGCAUACUUCUGCAAAUAUUUUGUCUAGAUGCAUAUGAAAUAAUGAAAAGCUUAAAAAAUUACUUGAAAUUUUUAUAGAGUAACUUUUUGCUCACCUUACCUAAUGGGAUAUGACUUUGUUGUUGUUCUAAACAAUUUAAAUAUUUUUUUGUCCCAAAGCAUCAGGUUCAAUGAAAGAAAAUUCAAAUUUCUGGAACUAGAAAGAUGUCCUGUUUUGUGAAGUUCCGGUGUUCCACUGUCACUGAUUCUUGUAGUUUCAAUAUGUAGGAGAUCUGUGCAAGUUAAGCAGUUAACAUAUUCAAACGGAGCAAUUUGACAGUUAUUUCCAGGAAAAUUUAUUAUUCUUUGAGGAUCCUCAAUAGAUGCAGUUUCACACAUUGGUUCAAGACGACUCUUAAGCUGGAGGGAGAAUGAGGUUAAAGAGAAAGAAAUGAAUUUAUACAUUCAGAAUUUUCAUCUUGAGGGGACAUUUGCACAAUUCUUAACCCCAAAAAAAUGGCACAACAAUCAACAAUCAGGUAACAUUUUCAGCAUUCAUUCUCCCUUGUCCGAAUACCACAAUCAAGCUGAAGACUCCGUCUAGUCAGCACGAUGCGCACCCUUUUCCAUAAUAAGUUUUCUAAUUAGUAUUCAUAUUAUCUGAAGCCUAUCGUCUGUACAAGUACAACGAAGCUAAGUAUGUAUUUUAUGGGCUCCAUAUAACUGUUUUCGGCUUCUUGUUUGCUUUGCUAGAUAAGCCUUGGAAGAAAUUUCGUUUUGGGAUCU